AACACAAAAAUUGUACUCAUCAUAGGGCCACCAAAUAAUCCAAACUUGGGACACUCCACAUUUGUUUGUGCCACUAGUAAGUGCAUGCAUGGCACUCGUCGUGCUCGUAAGACUAGCUCUGUGGCUUCUGGGCUCCUGCCUGGAGCUUGCCGCCCUAGUGCUCUUCCGGGGCCUCGCCCUCCUCGCCGUCGCCGCCGUCGACCUGGUCAGGCUGCCGGGACAGGCGGCAGACGCGGCGCUCAACGCGACCAAGGGCGUGCUCGAAGCGGCGGUCGAGUUCGUCUUCGGCCUAGUUUGGGACGUGGCGGUGGCCGUCGUCUCGGCGUUUCUCGAGUCGCUCUGGAGCGCGGUGGCCGGCACGGUGGAGUUCGCCGCGUCUACGGUUGUGGAGCUCAUGGAGGCAGCACGGGACGGCAGCGAGGAGGCGGCCAAAGCGCUGACGGAGGCGCUGGAGGGCGCGGCGGAUGCGGUGGCCGGCACGCUGGUGAAGCUCGCGGAGAACUACACGGAUGCUCUUGUGCACCUCUUGCAAAACCUCGUCUGAUGGUACGACAUAAUGCAUAUGCCAGGCCACUCAUGUAUUGUACAUAGAUAUAGAUGUCAUUUGCUUUGGCACUCGCCUAAUUUUUCAAGGAGUAAGGUGCAAAUAUUCUUUAUUUUUUUUUCUUUUGGGACGCAAUAUUCAUAUUUUCACGUGUGUUUGAGACAUUGUGAUCGUUUCAUAGUUUCCGGGUACUCUGACACGUAAUCUGUUGUAGUACGAUCUGCAAGUUAGUUCCUUUCCAUUUUUCCUGCAUUCUUCUAGUAAUCUUUGUUUCACUUUUAUCUUUUAAAAAAUGAAGUAGGUAAAUUAAAACUUUUAUGUAUAUUUUCGUGCAUUUCUAUAAAUCUUCACAAAUUUUGGAAACGGCUUGCCUAUUUAAAAAUAAUAACCAUGCAUUUCGGAAAAUCUUCAUGCAAUGUUUUUAAAAAUCACUCAAUUUGAAAAGUGUUCACGUAAUUUGAAGAAAAACGUGCAUUUUGAAACAAUAAUUCUGCAUAACUGUGAAAUGUUUGCUUUAUUUUAAUAUGUCCAUACAAUAAACAAAAGUGUUUGGAAAUUUUUAAAAGUAUUAAAAAAUCUUUAAAAAUGUUAGUCAAAUUUAAAAAGUGUUGAAAAAAUCACAAAGGAAAAAUAAAAAUAUUAUAGUAUAAUAAAAAUAUAAUAUGAAAAGGGAAAACAAACAAAAAAAUAAAACAGAAAAACCAGACAAAUAAAAAAUAAAAAUAUAGAAAAACCAGAAACGCACAAAACGGGAAAAGGCCAAGAAAUACCUAAUCCGUGGGUGGUUAUUUUUUAAGCAAAUCCGGGGCAGCAAAUUGGGCCGGCCAUCUAGUCGCACCCUUAAAAGAGCGCGUGGGCUAUGUGUCGGCAGAAAUAUAAUAGGAAUCGCCUACGGGCGAGCGAAUCGGGCGGGCUCAUUAGGGUUUGUCAUGCGCAAAAACCUAGGUCGCUCGCUGUGCUUCGGUUUUCUUCCCUUUUUCUCGUUUUACUUUUUUCUUCGUUUGUUCACUGAUUUUCCUAGGUUUUUCUUUUUUCCAUUGUUUUUCUACAACGGUUUUCUUCGAUUU